CAAGUCUAUUCGCUUUCACCAUGUGAGAAACACUCAUCACAUGAUUCACAUCUCCCAUUUCUCUCCAUAUUCGAAUUUUAAAUUUCCCCACUAACAACAUUCCUUCUCCCUAUGACGUCAUUCUGCCGGCGGUUACCUACCGCCGGCACCGCCUCACUUUCCGGUCAGUUCCGCUUACUCCAACCAACGAACUCCACCGCGAUUAACGGAAUCCACUACGGCUAUUCACCUCAGCGCCGGGGACUUUCUCUACAGCUACGGCGACGGUUAUGGAAUCCGGUGGUAGAUGCGACUGGACACAGUGACGCAGCGGAGAGAUCGGAUUUCAUCGAGGAGGAUGAGAAGGAGAUGCUACACUCGUUGGCGGAGGAUAACAGUGGAAAAGAUGUGAAUCAGAAGGCUAAAGUGGUGGUUGCUGCGGCGGCGGUGGUGGUGAUGGGAGUCGGAAAUAGGGUGCUGUAUAAAUUGGCGUUGGUUCCUUUGAAGCAGUAUCCAUUUUUCUUAGCUCAGCUUGCAACUUUUGGAUAUGUAAUUGUAUACUUUUCCAUUUUAUAUAUCCGACACCGUGCUGGCAUUGUCACUGAUGAGAUGUUAUCAGUGCCAAAAGCUCCAUUUCUAAUUGUUGGUCUCUUGGAAGCUCUGGGUGCUGCUACAGGAAUGGCGGCAGGAGCAAUGCUAUCGGGCGCGUCAAUUCCAAUCUUGUCUCAGACUUUUCUUGUGUGGCAAAUUCUUCUGUCAUCUAUUUUUCUUGGGAGGAGAUAUAAAGUCAACCAACUAGUUGGAUGUUUUCUUGUGGCCAUCGGUGUAAUUACCACUGUAGCAAGUGGAUCUGGUGCGGGGAAAUCAUUGCAGGAAGCUGGUAUAUUUUGGAGUCUUUUAAUGACGGUUUCAUUUUUAUUCCAAGCAGCUGAUACUGUGCUCAAGGAGGUAAUCUUUUUGGAUGCAACCCGGAAACUGAAGGGAGGUUCUUUGGAUUUGUUUGUUGUCAAUUCCUUCGGAUCUGCUUUUCAAGCACUGUUUAUAUGCCUCCUCCUCCCCUUCUUAUCAAAACUAUGGGGCAUCCCUUUCAGUCAACUGCCAAACUACCUUAAAGAUGGUGCAGCCUGCUUUCUGAAUGUUGGGACGCUGUCUAGUGGAUGUGAUGGAGCUCCCCUGCUGCCCUUGCUGUUUAUUAUUGUAAACAUGGGCUUCAACAUCUCAUUGCUUCAUCUCCUCAAGAUCUCUUCAGCUGUUGUCUCUUGUCUAGCGACCACAUUAGCAGUCCCAAUAUCAAUCUACGUGUUCACGCUACCACUUCCAUACCUUGGUGUUGCCUCGUCCCUUCCAGCAGGCUUUCUUGCUGGAGCCAUCAUUCUCAUCAUGGGAUUAAUCAUCUAUACAUGGAUUCCUUCCAAUGCUUCCUUGACUGCUCCCACCUAAUGAAGUCAGGUGUGAGAAUUUGAACCUCAAUAGCUGCACAGUUUCUCCAAGCACAGAGAAUAGGUUGCAAGUAUCCUCACGACAGAAAACAAAAAUUUAAAAUGAUGAAGAAAUGGUUCAGGUCCACUCCUUUUCAAGACAAAAUGUAGAAAAAUAAAAAUGAUGUAAUUUUUGUUUCAAUAGCAUUUGAUGAAAAUGAUGAAGAAAAGAGAACAGGAAAAGAAAUCCUCUUGAGAUUUUUCAAGUGAUAAAGAAAGUAUGGAUAGGUCUAGUUCAAUUUUUGUGUGGAAAAAUAAUGAAAUAGAGGGGAAAAGUUAUUUCAUGGAUUAAA